AUGGCUACAACAGAUAAAUCACAGGCCAAUCAUGACAUAUCCGAGCAAGGCUCCAACAUAAAGCCGAAUGCCGAAGAGUACGAGUCCAAGCAUGUGCAUGAGGUGUAUCAGCAGAUUGCCAGUCACUUUUCCGAGACAAGAUACAAGCCAUGGCCGAUUGUCGAACGAUUUCUUCUGGAGCAAAAGCCCGGUUCAAUCGGCCUUGAUAUAGGAUGCGGCAAUGGGAAAUAUCUCAAAGUCAAUCAAAACGUUUUCAUCAUUGCGUCCGACAGAUCCGAUGCUCUUGUUCAAAUUGCGACGCAACACCAACCGCAUUCAACCGUCGUUGCAGACAUUCUUAACCUGCCUCAUCCCGAGUCCUACUUUGACUUUGCCAUAUCAAUUGCUGUAGUACAUCACCUUUCCACACCAGAGAGAAGGGUUCAAGCCAUAUCGGCUAUCUUGCAGACAUUGAAACCGGUACCAGACAAUCCCACGGACCCAGAAGCAAAUACCGGGGGAAAAGCAUUAAUCUACGUUUGGGCUUUAGAGCAAAAAGCCAGUCGCAGAGGCUGGGACAAAGGUCAAGAACAAGAUGUGAUGGUUCCUUGGGUUUUGCGCAACAAGCCCGCUGUUGCUACGAAAAAUAAAUAUGAACAACAAGAAUCGAAAGACCAAGCCACAUCACCAGAACAAGUACAGGACAAAGUAUUCCACCGAUUUUAUCAUCUAUACGAAGAAAACGAGCUCGAAAGAGAUAUCUGUGCCGCAGGUGGUGUUGUCAUCGAAUCUGGAUAUGAGAAGGAUAACUGGUGGGCGAUUGCUUCGAGAGCUCCAGCACCGUGA